UGACGUUUGUGCCAGUAGUAGAAAAAAUUUUCAAUUCAUAUACACGCGAAAAAGAUAUUCCUGCAAAGAGAGCGAAAUUAAAUGAAUUAUUUUUGUUUCCCAUAUUAGAAUUGAAAGGAAUAUAUCUCGAAUUUGUGAAAUUAACAGUCGCAGUGCAGUCGUCGUAACAACAAGAGCAGCAGCAGUAGCAACAUCAGUGUCAAUAGCAGAGACCGAGAGUAGUGUGUAAAUGAGUUUUUGCCUUUCUGUAAUAACUCUCCUCUCUCUGACAACGUCAGCAUCGACGUCAACGUAGGCAGUGAAUGAGUGGCGGCAUAGGCAAGAGCAGCAAACGAAUAACUUUAACGAAAUAAUAACCAUUAAUAACACCAGACCAGUUGUAAAAGAAGAAGAAGAAGCAGCAGCAGAGAAAUUCCGUAGGAGGCGUUGGUGGAGAGAGAAAGAGAGUAACGAGUUGAGAACCCACAUCAUAUUUUGUUGCGGGUGGUGGGAGUCUAAACGCAAACGCAGUCGAACGUACGACAACAGAGGGAAUAAAACAACAACAACAACAAAACACCAGUUGUAGCAGGGCCAAGCAUAAGGAAUAGAAAAAAAGUAGUACAACUGCAAUAGCACCAAAAAACAACAAAAAAUAUAGCUAAAUAAUUACCCAUAAUAGUAGUAAGAACAAGAAGAAACUAUCAAAUAAAUCCUCUGCGUGCGUGUGUAUCCUGACCUCUUCCCAAAAGCCAGCAAAAUUAGUAGCAACAGCGACCGCCUGCCAUACACAUUUUUACCAAUCAAUCUCAGUGUCGACAAGAAAAUUCCUAUAGAGAGAUCUCAACAUAGUCUGAAAGACUUAAAAGAAAAUCCUACAAAAAAAGACAAACAACCAGAACAAACGCCUCUUGGUAUUCCCUGCAUGAAAGACAUAUAUUCUAGUUGGAGAAUAGCAAGGAACUAACAGCAUUGUAGAAGGGUGUCGUUGUCCUCACAACCAACCACUCAGCACAUCCAGCAGCGGAAGAAGCCAAAGUGUGUCACAUCAAAGUGCAUUUGUUGCCCCAAAUUUUGCCGAUGUGUCAUAUGAGCAGCAAAAGCAGCAGCAGCAUCACCACCACCAGCAACAGCCACAUUCUGAUGUAAAACUUUAGAAAUCUAGAAAUUAGAACAAACAAAAAGCCAACCAGCAGCCAUCCAUCCCUCCAUCCCCCACAACGAAGAGGAAGACGAAUAAUAGCAAACGAAAUCUUCUUGUUCUCAUUCUGGUCUCAUCCCCAGCAUCAUAUUCAUAUUUAAGUAGAAGAAGCGGCAGAAUUUCUUUUUUGAUUAACCGGAAAUUAGAAUUGCCUAAAAAUAGUUAGCAAUUACAUCGACCGUACCAGCAGCAGCGACAGUAACAACAACAACAGCGGCCACAAUCAAAUAUCCACCAUGAAUCCAGCAACGGAUCCCUGGAUUAUUACACAACGAGAAAAGCUGAAAUAUGUGGAGCAAUUUAAGGCUCUGCAGCCGCAGAAUGGUUUUGUUACCGGCGGCCAGGCGAAGGGCUUCUUCUUGCAAUCACAAUUGCCGCCUUUAAUACUUGGACAAAUAUGGGCUUUGGCUGAUACAGAUUCCGAUGGAAAAAUGAACAUAAGCGAGUUCAGUAUUGCUUGCAAGCUAAUCAAUUUGAAGCUACGUGGCAUGGAAGUACCCAAGGCAUUGCCACCCUCAUUAUUGGCUUCGUUGAGUACGGGUACCACACCAACACUAACACCAACAGGCGCUGGCAGCCUUAGUCCAAUGGAAGCAACAAAACCGGCCGUGGCAGCCGCCGUCUCAAAACCCGAAGUACCAGUCAUGCCAAAUACAGUUGCUGCCGCUGCAGCGCCCGUUACAGCAGCAGCUCCCAUGGUACCAAUGCCCGGUGCUGUGCCCAUUGUGCCCGGCAUGGUACCCGGUUCUUUGCCAGGCAUUGUGCCACAGGCUAAUAUGGCUCCGGCAGCCAUGGCUGGAAUACCACCCAUGCAACAGAUGACUGGUGCCGUACCAGUAAUGCCGGCCGCAAUGCAGGCGGGCAUGAUGCAUGGUGGUGUUCCAGGGGUGCCAGGUGUACCGGCUGUUGCCGGUAUGCCUGUGGUGACCCAACCAGCUGCAAUGCCAGGCAUACCGCCCAUGAUGCCCGGUGCCAUGGUGCCUGGUGUGGCACCAACUGCUGUUCCUGUGGCCGCAGCAAUACCCGGUGGUGUUGCACCGGCCAUUCCACCACCAGUUUCGGUGGCGGCCAAAGUAAUUUCACCACCAAAUGCCGUGGCUGCUACACCCACACCACCUGGCAGUAAUCCACCAAGCCGUAAUAUGUCCAUAUCCGACAGGGCACCCUCCCUGGAAUCACCACAAGGUGAAUGGGCUGUCAAGGCCCCAGCCAAACGCAAAUACACUCAAGUCUUCAAUGCCACAGAUCGCAACCGCACGGGCUACUUAACUGGACCCCAAGCCCGUGGCAUACUGGUACAAAGUAAAUUGCCACAGGCAACACUGGCCCAAAUUUGGACCCUCUCCGAUUUGGAUACCGAUGGCCGUCUGAGUUGUGAUGAAUUCAUUUUGGCCAUGUUUUUGUGCGACAAAGCCAUGAAUGGUGAAAAGAUACCAGCCACCUUGCCCGCUGAUUGGAUACCACCCAGUUUUCGCAAAAACAAAUCGCGGCAGGGUUCGGUGUCGGGUCCAAUUUCUCGUCCCGGUUCACAGCCAGGAUCGAGGCAUGCCUCGGUGUCUUCUCAGGGGGCGGGAGAUGCUGAUCCACUGGCUGGACUACCACAAACCUCUUUCGAAGACAAACGCAAAGAGAACUUUGACAAGGGUCAAGCCGAACUGGACAGAAGACGUAAACUUUUGCAGGAUCAACAGCGCAAGGAAAAAGAGGAGCGUGAACGCAAGGAACGUGAAGAGGCCGAGAAACGUGAAAAGGCCCGUCUGGAGGCGGAACGCAAACAACAAGAAGAACUCGAAAGACAAUUGCAAAAGCAACGGGAACUUGAAAUGGAAAAGGAGGAACAACGAAAACGUGAACUUGAAGCCAAAGAAGCUGCUAGGAAAGAACUGGAAAAGCAACGUCUACUGGAAUGGGAACAAGCCCGUAUUGCCGAAUUGAAUUCGCAAAAGCAGCGGGAGCAGGAGCGUGUACUCAAACAAAAGGCCCACAACACCCAAUUGAAUGUGGAAUUGAGUACCUUGAAUGAAAAGAUCAAGGAUCUCUCACAGAAAAUCUGUGAAACACGCGCCGGUGUAACCAAUGUCAAAUCGGUCAUUGAUGGCAUGCGUUCACAGCGUGAUACUUCCAUGUCGGAAAUGUCACAACUCAAAGCUCGAAUCAAAGAACAAAAUGCCAAAUUAUUGCAGUUGACACAGGAGAAAGCCAAAUGGGAUGCUAAGGCAAAGGCUGCCGGUGCUUCGGGCGAUGUGGGACAACAGGAACAGCUGACAGCGGCAUUUGCAAAUAAACAACUCGUAAUCAAACAACUAAAAGACAAAGUGGAAAAUAUACGCAGUGAAAUCGAAUCGAAAAAGGAAGAUAUCAAUUCACACGACAUUCAGGUGGCCGAAGUCAAGGCUGAACUCUCCGAGCUGAUUAAGAAAUGUGAAGAACUCUAUGCGGACUAUGAUAAGCAGCGAACACAAGUUUUGGAAAUGAAAUAUAACAAAAAGAAUGAAAAUGUCACGGCCACCUCAGCCUGGGAUACGGGUUCGGCAUGGGGUGCUACCACAACAUCGAGUAUCGAUCAAUAUGGUAUGGCCAAUGAUAAUAGUACCGCGGCAGCUGUGGCUGUUUCACCGGGAAUGGAUAAUGCUGUGGUGGCGGCGGAUACAAGUGGUCCAGCGCCUGAAGGUUUUGUUAAGUACAAAGCUGUUUACGAGUUUUCAGCACGUAAUGCCGAUGAGAUUUCAUUUGUGCCUGGUGAUAUAAUAUUUGUACCGUUGGAACAAAAUGCUGAACCCGGCUGGUUGGCGGGUGAGAUAAAUGGUCAUACGGGUUGGUUCCCCGAGACCUAUGUGGAGAAAAUGGAAGAGGAUUUGGCGGCCACGCAGAGUUAUACCACAGCCCAGGAUACCUAUAAUGAUAAUAGUCAGGGUUAUGGUACCACCACAACCGACACCGCAGCCGUUGCUUCCACAGAUGCUGCCUACAAUGGUGAUGUUGAAUACUAUAUUGCCGCCUAUCCCUACGAAUCCGCCGAGGCUGGUGACCUAACCUUCAGCGCCGGCGAAAUGGUUAUGGUGAUAAAGAAGGAGGGUGAUUGGUGGACGGGUACAAUAGGCAAUCGCACCGGCAUGUUCCCCUCAAAUUAUGUACAAAAGGCAGAUGUGGGCGGAGCGGGAACAGCGAUUACCGAUACAACAGCCACCUACGAUGAUGCCUACAGCAAGGACAACACAUACAAUGGCAAUGCUCACCACGAUCAAAUAACCGAAAAUGCUUCGACUGCUUUGCCAAGCGAUAAUACGCUCGCCGCCUCCGCCGCCUCCGAUACGCAAUUAACCAAUGAAAUGACCCCUGCCGCCUCAAAUGAUAUGCAAACUACCAAAGCUCACGAUGAUGCGGCAGCUGUGGCGGCCGAAGAGACACGUACAAACGAGGAACUGGAUACGGAAGUCUCACAAAUAAACACACAAUCUAACAAUAAGACACAAUCAAGUGAACCUGCUGAAUCGUAUAGUCGUCCCAUGUCACGUACUUCUUCCAUGACUCCAGGCAUGCGAGCCAAACGUUCAGAAAUAGCACAAGUUAUUGCACCCUAUGAAGCUACCAGUCCUGAACAGCUAUCCCUGACUCGUGGCCAACUAAUAAUGAUCCGCAAAAAGACCGAAACCGGUUGGUGGGAAGGUGAACUGCAGGCCAAAGGUCGUAAACGCCAGAUUGGUUGGUUCCCUGCCACAUAUGUUAAAGUAUUACAAGGUGGUCGGAACAGUGGUCGCAAUACACCUGUUUCGGGCAGUCGUGUGGAGAUGACCGAAACUAUAUUGGAUAAAGUCAUUGCUCUGUAUCCCUACAAAGCACAAAACGACGAUGAAUUAUCAUUUGAGAAAGAUGAUAUUAUCAGUGUACUGGGACGUGAUGAACCUGAAUGGUGGCGUGGUGAAUUGAAUGGUCUGACCGGUUUGUUCCCCAGCAAUUAUGUGGGUCCAUUUGUGACGUCCGGAAAUGUAUAACAAGUUAUGCCAGCACCAGCUUACUAAAUAAACCAAUAACAAAUUGCUACGAAGUUUUUUUGAAUUUAAGACAAACGUAAAAACAGCAAUAAUGAAUUGUAUUUACAUGGAAAUAAUUAAAAAAAAGAAAAGAAAAACAAAUUUAGAAAACUAGAAGAAGCCACCCCUAACAACAACAACAACAUAAAGAAUGAUUCCCCAACAAGGAAACUGGUAUAAGAUAUAAUUCCAAAAAAACAAGGUUAAAAAAUUAAACUAAAUCCUGGGUAUUAUUGAACAAAAAUAUUUAUGAAAACAAGUUGAAGAGAAAAAACAAAUGAAAGUCAUUAUUAGAGAGAAUUUUUUUGCAAUAUAAGAGAAUAGAAGUAAUGAAAUACGAAUCACACAUUUAGUCAUUCCAUAAUGAGUACUCAAAAAAACAAAAAAAAAAAAAAAAAUCAGAGACACACAUUCAAUUCACUUCACUUUAAAUGGAACAGAAAAUGGCAAAUGAUUGGAACCAAUAUCGAAAGAGAAAAAAAAAUUGAAAAAUCAAGGGAGUAACGAAAUUACUCCCUUGCAGGACUAUCUAUAUUUAAUCCCAUAAACAAAAGGCAGAAACGUAAAUUCAUAUGUAUUAAGGACAAUAUAAAGCUUUCUUAUAUAAUUGGUAAAAAUACAAAAAAAAAAAAACUUAAAUGAAUUAAAAUAUUAUUACAAAUGUAUUUGCAGAACUAAGAAAAUAAUUAAGCAUUCAUAUACAUAUAUACAGAAAAUUAAUAGAAAAAAAUUGAAACAAAAAUAUACAUACAUACAUAUAGAAAUAUAUAAAUGGGAAACACUUUACAAAAAAUAAUUAAAUUGUCAGACUAGUUGUUAUUAUUAAAAAAAAUACUAAAAAGAUUGAAUUAAUAACGGAUAUAUUUAAGGAAUAUAUAUUGUUGGAUCAAUGAUUAAGGGUGCCAUAGGGGAAUUUCCAAUUUUUUAGAAAUCGAAUAAAAAAUGUGAGCGGAAGGAUUUAAAAAAAAUUUUCACGCAAUCUGCAAACUUUUUUAAAUAAAUUAAAAAAUCUCGAUUUUUAUUUUAAGGAAGAAAUCGAUGAUAUUCAUUACCAAAAUGGUGGCUUUUAAAUAAUUAAAUUUUAAAUUUUUUGCAUAUUCUCAAGUUUUCCAAUGGAGCACUUAAUUAUUCAAAUGACAAUAUAUAUUCCAAAGAACUAUGAUAUUGCAAAGAAUAGUAUUGAUAUACAAAACAUAUACAUAUAUAAAGAAAUUCAUAGGUGUUUUUUUUGUGAACAUUUAUUAUUACAAACUUCGUUUCAACAUAACCUAACAAAAGUUUCCAAUUUAUAAAUAAAUACAUACCUAAAUAAAAAAAUGUUUUAAAAUGUGGAUUAGUUGUGAUAUGAGGAAGAAAAACUUAGGUUUUUGUUACAGCGACUCUAUUUAGAAUUCAGUUUAUUGCUCGUUUAAUAAUUUAAUAUUUAAAAAUGCAACAUAAAAAACUGAUUUCAAAACAGUUCAGGCCCAUUGCGCAUUUAUUUUGUUUUCCCCAAAAUAGUUAGGAGGCGUACAGGGUGUAAUGAAGAUGAAGGCAACAAUAAGCCAGUCUAAUUAUUUUUCCUGCAGGAAUUGUCUGGGCACUUCCUUCUUAGAGAGUAAGGUAGUUUAAAAACUCUUUUGUAAAAAACGGUUACAAAUAGGCUGACAGCAUACCUGUAAUAGUCUGCAAGUAAUGUUCAGACUUCCUAUGUUUUUAUUGUGAGUACGAUAUACUCCCGAGAAUAGGAGUUUCAUACGAAGUUCACUCCUCUCUCUCUUUUGUUUUAUGUGUCUCUCUCGUGUGUCCCGAGACACUAUUAAGAGUGGAAGUUAAAAUGCUCUAAAUAGAGUAAUAGUUUACUAGGCCAAACUAGAAACUGCUCUAUUGCUAGCGGAUUUUACUCUCACUCGAUAACAUUCAAAGCAUACUACCUGUUAUUCGAGUAUCAUAGAAAAAUGUUUGAUUGCUUUUUAUUAUUCGCAGGAGUACUCCAGUUCGAAUCCGAAUGAAGGACGAAACUAACUUACGGAACUAUGUGCCGGCAAACAGCUAAUAUUUUAAAACAAGACACUUUGUCGCCAAUAAAAAUAAACAAACCACGCAACAUUUUUGCAUUUUACUAAAACAAAACGGACAAUCAAAAGCAGCUGACUGAUAAUCGGAGAGGGAAGAAGAAGAAUUAUAAGUGGUUGCAAAAGGAGAUUUGUCCGGCAAAAAGUUACAAACUCUGAUUAAAAGAACUCUUCAUUCGUACUUUUCCGGGAACCAGACAUACUAAAAAGUUGCCUACUGAUAAAGGACCGUAAAAGUACAACAUUUUCGAUAAAACACUAAUCCUGAGAUUAUUGUUUUAUCGAUAAUCAUUUAUCAGUAGCCACAGACCAUUACUGAUCUUCCCCUUAGGGUCAUUUAAUUAGAAGAUGGUCAGGGUAUAUUGCCGUUUUUAUGCUUUUUUGUUCUUACUGUAUCUACGUGGAACUUGUACCUUAGUCCAGAUUGGAGUUAACAAACCGUCUUAGCGAUGAUGAUCUUAUGGUCUCUGGUGGCUGGGGAAAUUGAGUCUUGUUGCCUCGGUUUAGAUAGGAUUUCUUCGUCCGUUAAAGAGGCUCCUCAGUCAUUCUUUCUCUUUUCUCAGUGGUGUAUGGUUUAUAGACUUCAGCUUUCUUUGGAGCCCAAAUUCAGAGAGGUGCAAGUACACUUGACAAUUUUGAUGUUUAAAGGUUACAAGGAAUUAAAAUAAUUGUUGGCCUUUGCAGGUGUGUUGGACAUUUCUAAAAGAAUUCAAGCUUUUAGUUUAGAAAGGACUCAUAAAUUUCUCAAUCGGAGUACUAUGAUUUUUUUCCCUUGUACGAAUUGGAGCCCCUAAUCCGGGGUUGAAACCGCAUCAUUGUCCGCCUUUAUAGGAUGAAUUUAUUUCAGAGGAAGUGGCCUUCUGCAUCGGCCAGGGCUUGACACUGCAACUGGGGCGGAAGAGCCAUGGUAGGGCAGUGACGUACGCGGGGAUUUGAGGCUUCACCCGGAAGUUUACAUGGAAAAUUAAAAUUAAUUUAGAAAUACAUUUCUGGGUACGUGCCUUCGGUAAAGGGAUCAUUUCCGGCAAAUAUUUACCUACCGAUUAUUGCACCUACUGUAUUAUCUUCUUCUGGGUUUUUUUUCGCAGGGAAGCUGUAUUUUAGUCAGGCCAUGGUUUGUUACUGUAGGCCGAAGGAACCAAUAGUAGAAGUGCCUCUCCGAAGGAUUUCUUUAACAAGACUCGAUCGGCUGUGGGUUAAUAUUGAUGCUUGAUUCUCUUUCUCCAUUAUGGUUGAAAGAUCCUUGCCGGCAAGUUUCCUGCACAAAUUUCGGUUAAAGUAAUUUCGGCGGAAGUAAAAGUUUGGACAAAGAUCUUCUCCUCGGUCGCGUCUUGCCGCCAGAGGACAGGUCAUUAUGUUUUUUCGACGCAUAGUCCUUCAGCACGUUUUAUCGCCAAUGAUCGUAGUAGAAAAGAUUAGAACUGCAGUCUGUGCUAGCCUUCACCAGUUUGAAGAUAUGUGGACGACAGCUACAUUUUUUUAAUCGUCAAAUAGGGUCUGGCUUUCAUAGGGUCUGGCUUGUCGACAUUCCAUUUAAUUAAGAAUUAACUGAAAGGGGGAAACCUUUCGGCGAAGGCUAAACAAAAGUACAUUAUUUGUCUGUAUACCACCUGGGCAUCUCGGUAGCAACUUUUGACACUCUCCAUAGCAAACACAGGGACAAGACCUCUUGGAUAUUCCCAUACCUAAAAAGUCGAUGAUAUCCUACAUAAAACAUUAACGGGAAAAUUUUCGGGCCCCUUGAUAGCUAAGGCAGGGACAAAACUUUUCGGCCUAUGACUAAGCAAACUUAAAUCUCUGACGAGUGUUCAAGUGAUCAAGACACUUUCUAUACAUUUGACGGUGAUGAGAUCUUUCGUCCCUCGACUAUAUCAAAUGGAAGGCCAAGAGGCUAAAUUAUAAUUAUUCAAAAUGUUGACUCUUUCCGUGGAGAAACUAGAAGGAGUGACCCAAUAUUUUUAAAUACAGAUGAUAAGAUUUUCAAAACGAAUUUUGUGGCUAUUUAUGGUCACUCAUAGAGUAAUUUUUGAGAGUUAUGAUAAUUCAGUAUUUUUGUUAUAUGUGGGGAAAGUACCAUAAGGAUGGGAAGAAUAUUUUCGCGCCUAUCCUAAUACCAACACAAAUACUACGAUGUAUGAAGUCAGAACCAAUCCGCGCUUUCUAGAAGGUAUACAUGUUUUCAAGAGGUGGAUCGAAUUGACAAUUUUCCAACGUAGUCUAUUUUUGGUACAAAUUCUAAUAUUAUUUCAAUAUAUGUUCAAAAAUCGUAAUAUAUGCAUCACACUUAAGUCAGGUAUGAAAUGGGGCAGCAUCGACCCACAUAGAGUUAAAAAUAUAAUAAAGGCUUAAAAACCAUAAAUCUGUUAGCGCAAAAUCCAUUUUACAAUUUUUUUUGAUCCAGUCAUGGCAAAGUGUUCAGCUCUGUAUUCUUGAAGAGAAUUUCCGAUUUGCACCCACAUUCAUAAAUUUUGGUCAACAUUUUCCUUGACCAAUGAGCAAUAAUGUAGUUUUAUAUAAACCACGCUAUAUAUAAAAAAGGUUCUUUUUCCUUAUUUUAUUAGGAAUGUUAAUCAGCUCUGCUCAAAAACCAGACCUCUCCAGUCCAAUUCUACUUAUUUUUUUUUUUAUCAUCAAAAAACCUGUGUUAAACAUAAUUUGUAUAUUUUUUUUGCAAAAAUUCUGGACAACGUCCAGUUUAAAAACAAUCGAAAAGAAUUUUUUGGACUCAUGUGCUUGCACACGGUUUUGAGCAGUGCUGAUGUUAAUUAAAAUUAAUAAUGCUCAUACGCUACAAGUCAUGCGUAAUUAUAAUCAUCAUACGCCUACCAACAUAUGCAGGUUCAAAUUACAAUAUUCUUCAAUUUUAAUUCAUUUAAAAUAUUUUUACUGCAAUAUUUCCUCACCAUCACAACUAUUCCAAAUUUACGAAGCAAAUCCAAUAAGAAAAUACAAUUAAAAAUAUUAUUCCAAAAAAAUCAGGUUUAUUCAAAUUGUUUAUGUGGUAUUUAUAUAUAAAAGAAAAAGUGUGUUUUUUGAUAUCCUUCCAAUAAACAAAACCCUUUCAACAUUUUCAAUAUUAACAAGCAAAAAUAUGAAGUAUGAAAACCAACCAAACCGAAUCGAAACUACCAUAACAUGCAUAUUUAACCACCUUAUUAAGUGUUUCUUAACAACAAAAGUUUAUACGAUUACAAAAACCAAACCAAUAAAAAAUAAUUAUCAAAUACGAGUAUAUUGCAAAACUUAGAAUAUAGAUCGAUCCAUUCCAACCAAACCAGAAGCAGAGGAAGAAAGUGAAGAAGCAUGCAAGACAGUAAACAAAUUAAAUUUCCUUGUAUAUAAAUUAAAUGAUAAUAUUUAAGAAAUUAAUAUUAAAUACAAAUUAAACAAA